AUCCAAAACCGGGACUCGGUUGUUUCAACCGUAGCAUCACAGCGAUAUAUGGAAACGUCCAUUGCUUUCACCGCCGUGGAGCACCACGCAGUAUUAGAUGGCAUACUUUCGACCAAGUCUACCUCCUACGUGCUAAGACUAUCGUGGGGCGCAAAAGGACGGAGGUGCUCCAUGGGUUGUCCAUCAGUCGCGAUAUUGGUGCCAUACCGCUGUCGCCGAGGCGUCAACCACGCCUUGGGCAAGCCGAUGAUCUCGAGACGGGAGCUUUCAACCUGUCACCGGACCCUGAAAGACACUGCCAGGCGGCCAGCCCGGGUGGCCUGUGCCUACGCCAUCGCGUCUAGAUAUCCUGGUACCGCCUGCGCCUGCGCUUGAUGCUUGUGCCUGUGCUUUCCCGCACACAUUGCCGGUCAUCUCCAAACUCCUAAUAGCUCUCGUGGUGUUAUUAAAUGCUCAUUCUUCGUCACUGCCGCACGCCGGCGCUGCAGCUCCCUUGCGGGCCACAUCAGACGGGGCGAAGACUAGACUGUACUGGCCCGUCCGGGCGUCGGCCCUUCACGACUCUCUCCUAUCCGGCAGAUGUUCAAGCCACUUGCGGCCCCCAAGUGAGAAAACCCGAACAUUGGGGGCGACGACGGCAAUUGGAAGCAUCUGCAUCGCGACAAGCACAUUUUCCAACCGAAGCCUGUGCGAAUGUCUACCGCCCAGGAUCUUGGCUCACCGUCGGAAACUGGACCGAAAAACUUCACAGAAGGAUCCAUGAAUGGAGGGGCAUCCGAUACUCGACAAUCGAAAAGACCUUGUCGUGUGUUUCUCGAAUUACUUUUUCUCUUUUGGCCCCAUGGUGCCACUGGCCAGACUACAAACGAUCAAACCGAUUCAUUGCCAACCCAACUAUAGAGCCUGAAAUUUCCGUCGAUAGUAUCUCUCCACCUUUUCCUCCGCCAAGACUCCACAUGGAUGAAUCUGCACAAGAUAGAUUGCCCAAUCGGCCGUCUGAGUCUCAAGUCUGGUCAGCCAACAGCAUGGGUCGUCUUUGGCUGCUGUGUCGCGCGCGGCGGCUCACGACCAAGCAAGCUCUGGACUAGAGACGGCGUUUCCGCUAGCCAGAAAGUUAAUUCCUCGAUUCUGAUUGCUUCUCGCUGCCGCGUAGGAACUACCCUACGCAGCAUGCAGUCGCUUGGGUUGACGUUGACAACAGCCGGCUUUC